AAAUGGACGCAAAACCUCUGUCUCUCUCUUUCUCCCGCUCACUGGGCAGUGGUAGUUGGCCAUACCCAUAGUCUCAAACGUCAUCCGUUUUUUUGGCUUGGUGAAUGCCUCCACUCAACAAUUACAAACUCUCUCAACAACAGCCUACCCUCAAAUACUAGAAAGUCAAUACAGCCAAACCCAACACCAGAACCCCUUUUCGGUUAUAUUUUUUAUAUGCAAAUUUAAUUCCAAAUUGUAAAAUAAAAAACAGAGCAAAAGAAAAGGAUGGGUGAAAUCAUCAUCAACAUCAGUCAUCUAUGCAGCAUUAGUUAUGGCGACCUGGUCAGAAAAAUACCAAACCCAAGCGCAAGGAGGACUAUUCGAAUUCUGCAUGAAUUUCUACCUUUGUGCUAUAAAGGGUGAAUAAGAAUUGUAGUGAUUUUUACAGUCUCGGGAUGUAUCAGUCAAGAGUUUGGACAUAUGCAGCUGUUUUCGCCACGUGCUUGUGCUGGUUUUCGCUACGAGCCUUAGCACAAAACCCUAAUAUUACUCACCCUGCAGAAGUGACGGCGUUGAAGGCCAUCAAGGGAAGUUUGGUUGAUCCCAACAAGAAUCUGAGCAAUUGGAAUCGAGGAGACCCAUGUACUGCCAACUGGACAGGAGUUUUUUGCUACAACACAUCAUUAUCUGAUGGCUAUCUUCAUGUUCAAGAAUUGCAACUACUAAACAUGAAUCUGUCAGGAAGUUUAUCACCAGAGCUUGGCCGCUUAUCUUUUAUGAAAAUAUUGGAUUUUAUGUGGAAUGAAAUAACUGGAAGUAUACCAAAGGAGAUAGGCAACAUUACAUCCUUGGAACUCUUGCUCCUGAAUGGAAACCAAUUAUCAGGUCCCUUGCCUGACGAGCUUGGUUAUCUUCCGAACUUGGACAGAAUACAAAUUGACCAGAACAAUAUUUCAGGAUCAUUACCUAAAUCAUUUGCAAAUUUAAACAAGACAAAGCACUUUCACAUGAACAACAAUUCAAUUAGUGGACAAAUUCCACAUGAGCUUUCAAGAUUACCGAGUCUUGUCCACUUCCUGCUUGACAACAACAACUUAUAUGGGUAUCUUCCGCAGGAGUUCUCCGAGCUGCCAAACUUAUUAAUACUUCAACUUGACAACAACAACUUUGAUGGGACUACGAUUCCAGAUUCUUAUAGCAAGAUGUCUAAACUGUUGAAGUUGAGUCUGAGGGGCUGCAACUUACAUGGGCCCAUCCCUGAUUUGAGUGGGAUACCAAACCUUGGUUAUAUAGACCUAAGUUCAAAUCAGCUAAAUGGAUCCUUACCUUCGGGUAAACUUUCUGAUGAAAUCACAACGAUCAAUUUAUCCAACAACAAUCUUACUGGAAGAAUUCCUGCCAACUUUUCGGGUCUUCCUCAUCUUCAAAAAUUGUCUAUAGCAAACAAUUCACUAGAUGGUUCUGUUCCAGCAACCCUUUGGCAAACUAGGACACUCAACGCAACAGAAAGACUGAUCUUGGAGUUGCAGAACAAUAACCUUGCAAAUAUAUCUGGCAGUACUGAAGUUCCGCAAAAUGUCACUGUCUGGCUUCGGGGAAAUCCGCUUUGCUCAAAUGCCAACCUUAAUAAGUUCUGUGGAUCAGAAAGUGAUGACAAAAAUAGCAGUCAGGGUUCAACUAACUCCACCGCUAGCUGUAUGAGUCAAGCAUGUCCACCUCCUUAUGAAUAUCUUCCUGUAGUUUGUUUCUGCGCUGUUCCUCUACCUGUUGAAUAUCGGUUGAAAAGUCCUGGAUUCUCAGAUUUUCGUCCAUACAAAAGUACAUUUGAGGAGUAUAUUACUUCUGGUCUGGACUUAUCUCUUGAUCAGCUGGACCUUACUUCAUUUGUAUGGGAAAAGGGACCUCGACUGAGAAUGUAUCUGAAGCUUUUUCCUGUAUAUGUUAAUGACAGUAGUUCCCAUACUUUCAAUAAAAGUGAAGUUCAAAGAAUCAUGGGCAUGUUCACAUCAUGGAAAAUUCCUGACAGUGAUGUAUUUGGACCUUAUGAACUUAUCAACUUCAUUCUACUGGAUCCUUAUAAGAAUGUGGUUGCCACCUCUACAAAGUCUGGUCUAAGCAAGGGCGCUUUGGCUGGCAUAAUAUUAGGGACUAUUGCUGGCGCCGUUACACUAUCUGCAUUUGUUUCUCUUCUUAUAUUGAGAAAGCAUCUGAGGGACCGCCACACAAUUUCAAGAAGACGUCAUACAUCCAAGAGCUCUGUAAAAAUUGAUGGUGUCAAGUCUUUCUCUUAUGGAGAAAUGGCCAUGGCUACAAACAAUUUUAACAGCUCUGCUCAAGUUGGCCAAGGAGGUUAUGGAAAGGUUUAUAAAGGCAUCCUGGCUGAUGGCACUGUUGUGGCCAUUAAACGUGCACAAGAGGGAUCAUUACAGGGUGAGAAGGAGUUCCUAACAGAAAUAGAAUUAUUAUCACCCUUACAUCACAGGAACCUAGUAUCCUUAGUUGGGUAUUGUGAUGAAGAAGGGGAACAGAUGUUGGUUUAUGAGUUCAUGUCCAAUGGCACUCUAAGGGAUCACCUUUCUGUUAGGUCUAAAGAACCGCUGGGUUUUGAAAUGAGAUUAAGAAUUGCCCUGGGAUCAGCCAAGGGCAUCCUGUACCUCCAUACUGAAGCCAACCCUCCGAUAUUUCAUCGAGACAUCAAGGCAAGCAAUAUACUGUUGGACUCUAAGUUUAUUGCAAAGGUUGCUGAUUUUGGACUUUCCCGACUUGCUCCGGUUCCAGAUCUUGAAGGGGCUGUGCCUGCUCAUAUAUCCACAGUAGUGAAGGGGACACCGGGUUACCUUGAUCCAGAGUACUUCUUAACCCAUAAACUAACAGACAAGAGUGAUGUUUAUAGCCUUGGUGUUGUGUUUCUGGAGCUCUUAACAGGGAUGCAGCCAAUCUCACAUGGCAAGAACAUUGUUCGAGAGGUAAAUAUUGCAUUCCAAUCUGGUAUGAUCUUCUCAGUAAUUGAUGGAAGAAUGGGCUCUUAUCCUUCCGAGUGUGUGGAAAAGUUUCUGAGUUUGGCUCUCAAGUGUUGCCAAGACGAGACAGAUGCGAGACCCUCGAUGGCAGAGGUUGUUCGAGAACUCGAAAAUAUAUGGUUUAUGAUGCCAGAGUCCGACAGCAGAACAACAGAAUCAGUGAUGAGUAAUAGUGGUGGAAAGGUAAUGACUCCACCAUCCUCAUCCAAUGCAGUAAAGCAUCCUUAUGUCUCUUCAGAUGUCUCCGGCAGUGACCUUGUUAGCGGGGUUGUGCCGACAAUCACGCCAAGAUAGGAACCGUAGGGAGAACUAUAGCCUCCCGUUGUUAUAUUAUUCUGGAAAAUUCAAAAUUCAAUUGACAUUUUUGUAUUUGUACAGCCUUUCUUAUUACAGCUGAUUUUGUAAAGAUGAGGGAGGGGUAGAGGAGUCUUGGGAGUACAUGUUUUGAUCCUUUUGUUGUAAAACUAGUAAACUUUAACAAUCAAAACAAUCAAAGACUCAGGCCAAAAUAACUCUCCAUCUUCUUUGCUUUUGUUGAUUUGAUUUGCACUUUGGUGCUUUUCUUAGCCCUUCAAUCAUUGCAUGGCAAAUAUUUUGUAAUGGAAAAGUCCAUGAAUGAAUUUAUUCUAGAUCCCA